AUGAAGUUCCUGUUUGCUCAAAUUCUCUUACUUGUUUCCGCUGUGGCCGCCCAACCUGUUCAAUGGUCCGAUUUGGAGACCAGAGACACCGAUUUGGCGUUUAGAAUCUACUCCAACAAUGUUAGAGAGUACACCGAAAAACGGUUCCCCGAUGAAAGACCAUGGGACGAAAGAAAGUACGGUGUGAUCGAGGCACUCAAUUCCAGAAUCCACGAUUUUCCUACGUUGGUAGGACUUCAAGAACUCAAGCACAACCAGCUUGUGGACGUUUUGGCGGGACUCAAUGGCCAGAACCAGACUGAAUUUCCUUGGGCUCAUUAUGGUGUUGGUAGAGACGAUGGUGUGGAAAAAGGUGAGUAUUCUGCCAUUCUUUACAAUACUCUCGAGUGGGAUUUGCUCAAUGGUACCUAUAAAUGGCUCAGUCCUACCCCAGAUGUCCCCAGUUACGGCUGGGAUGCUGGAAGUAGAAGAAUUGUCACCAUGACUACUUUCAGAAAUAAGCAGACCGGCACCAAAGUCAAUUACUUCAAUACUCAUUUGGACAAUAAAAGUGAGCAAUCAAGACAAGAGUCUACCAAGUUGAUCGUUGGCUGGCUACAACUGAUUCCCAACGAUUAUCCACAAUUUUUGCUGGGUGACUUCAACUCAAUUGCUUCCGACAUUGCCUACGAGACUGUCGCGGACUACAUGGCAGACACUAAUGUCAUCGCCAACAUCCACGAAACUGGAAACGAAACCACAUACACCGGAUUCGAGUACGGUGACCACCAGUCAGUGAUCGAUUUUAUCUGGGCUCCAUCCAAUAGUAACAAACCCAAGUCUGGCGUAGAGGUGGUGGGCUACGAAGUGUUGUCCAACAACUACCUGGACUUCCGGUUCAGUGACCACAGACCAGUUACUUCUCACUUUAGAAUCUCCAGCAACUGA